CAUAAAUGGAAUCUUUUACUUUCCUACAUUGCCUACAUGAAUUUGGCUUCUUUGGUGAACACGCAUGAAGUAUUAUACAAAAAGUAUAAAUUUGAAAGUGAAAUGUAGUAUUUUUUUAUUAGAACUUAAAAGGUUUAUAUCAGGAAGCGCAAUGGUUUGUCAUAUGAGACAAAAAAGAUGUAACCUAAACGUUUAAGGCUAGUGGUGACCUGAUUAGAGUGGUCCACUGUUUUGACGCAUACAGAAAUGGCGGAUACUAUAUUUAUCAUGCACUUUAUACUCUUGUUGACAUUCAAAUUAUGUUCAGGAGACAGACAAAAAACAGCGUUGUUAGAUGACGAUCCAUUUCUUGAUAGUAGAGAAGCACCUGAAUCUCAUGAACCUGUAGGACUUACAUUUGGAAAUAAUCCUGUCAAUCAACGUCGUUUUAGUUGUCUUACUUGCGAUGAACCAGAUUGUGCUCAGAUAAAAGUCUGCUUUGAUGCUAUCACUUGUAUGAAAUCUAGAAUAAGAGAAACAGAUGGCAAGGAAAGUAUUAGUAGAGGAUGCGUGGCAGAUGUCGAUCAAAUGCAAUUUUAUUGCAACAAACAACAAUCUAAAGAAGGAAAAAAUGAUAAUGGUAUUAAAAGGCAUGUUAGUAGAUCACCAGGUCGGGCACAUAUUUAUGUUGAGUGCUGUCAAGGUGACCUCUGUAACAAUGGUUCUUUUCCCAUAUUACAAGAUUAUAUAGAUGAUGGAGAAUCAGAAUCAGACUAUGUAAUAAAAUUGACAUUGGCUAUAUUGGGACCUAUGUUAGGAUUAGGCAUUAUUGCUGGAGGUGUUCUUUUCUGCUUAAUAACUCGUAAGACUCGUAGAAAACGUCCUUUGGCUUCGAGGCACAAAAGAUUAAUUAUAGACUCGGAACUUGAGCCGUCCAUGUUACAUUUUUCUUCUCCUUCACCUGUAUCUAGUACAACGUAUCAUGCACACGAAUUGCAAGCAACCGCAGCUGGUGAUAGUACUCUGAAAGAAUACCUGGAUGGACGAAGUCUUACCAGUGGUUCUGGUUCAGGAUUACCUUUAUUAGUACAACGCACAUUGGCUAAGCAAGUAGCAUUAGUCGAAUGUCUUGGUAGUGGUGGUAAUGGAGGGUUUGGUGGUGAAGUGUGGAGAGGUAUUUGGCAUGGUGAAAAUGUGGCUGUGAAAAUUUAUUUUUCACGAGAUGAGGCUGCAUGGGCUCGAGAAACAGAGGUCUAUUCUCAAUUAUUGCCCUCGAGACAUGAUAAUAUUUUAGGAUAUGUUGGAAGUGAUAUGACCAGUAGAGCUAGCUGUACUCAAUUGUGGCUAGUAACACAUUAUCAUCCACUUGGUUCACUUUACGAUCAUUUAAAUCAUUCACCACAUCCAUUAACACAUCAUCAAACCCUUAAUAUAACGUUGAGCAUAGCAAAUGGUUUACUUUAUUUACACACGGAAAUUCAUGGAACUAGAGGAAAACCAGCUAUGUCUCAUCGUAAUCUUAAAUCUAAAAAUAUCCUUGUUAAAACGAACGGUGGCUGUGUUAUUGCGGAUUUUGCAUUAGCUGUAACUCAAGAUCGACUUACAACGGAUAGAGUGGAUUUAAAACAAGGCGCCAAACGUUACAUGAGUCCUGAAGUUUUGGAACAAACAUUAAAUGUAGAAUGCUUAGAGAGCUUCAGAUGUGCAGAUAUCUAUAGUUUGGGUCUUAUACUGUGGGAAGUCUGUCGGAGAUGUAUAACUAAUGGUGUUGCUUUGGAAUAUGCUGCUCCUUACUCCGAAUGGCUCUCGUACAGUAAUCAAGAGCCCAGUAUAGAAGAAAUGCAUAAAUUAGUUUGUCUUGAUCAACGUAGACCACCGUUGCCUAAUAGAUGGCAUUAUGAUGCAACAUUAUCAGGAAUGGGAAAACUAAUGAGAGAAUGUUGGCAUCAUAAGCCUGCUGCGCGCUUACCUAUUCUUCGAGUAAAAAAGACACUCAUCAAAUUAGCAGCCGCCGAUUCUCGCGUUCACUUACCUCUCGACUGACCACUGUUUAUCUGAUCAUACUGUAUUUCUUAUAUACAUAUUUAUUUUUACUAUUAUCAUCAUCAUUAUACCAUCAUUAUCACGUGCAUUGUAAAAUCAGUCAUCCUCAUUGUUGAUCAUAAAUUAUCGAAAUAUCAUGAAAGGGUAAGAAAAUAUCGUUUAUUGACAUAUCGUGAUAAAGGCAUUAAUGUUUUCAUUUGUACGCGAUUCUGUACUUCGUUUGAUCAUACAGUACAUUCUUCUUGAGCAGAAAACUCAAGUCAGCAUGAAAUUUUAUACACUAAACAUGAUUAGAUUGUAUAAAUGUACAAAUUUUAACAUUUCCAUAAAACGCGUUGAUGUGUUACAUUUAUAGAAAUGAUUAAAAAAAAAAAAAUAAAAAAAAGAAAGAAAGAAAAAAAUAUUCUCAGAGUUAAGCCUAAUUUGUCGGUAUAAGUUCGAUGUAGAUUGUUUCAAUAUACAUACGCAGCUCUCAUUUUUACAAUUAUUAUUAUUUGUAUAAGUGUGAAGUUAAAUGGAAUAGUUUUUCUAUAAUCAAUUUGUGAAUUAAUGUAAGUUUAAUUUCUUUUUUUUCUUUUUUUUUCUUUUUUUUUUCUUCUUUUUUUUUUUUUUUUUUUUUUUUUUUUAUCAACUGACAUCCUGUCAGUAUAAAGAAAAAUAUUUGUUGUCACUAUCGCUCAUUGAAUAAUUACAAAUAAGCCAGGAUCUGUUUAGUUUUUUAACCGAAAUAUUCUGGAGUUCAAUGUUCCUGUCAUCAUUUCUAAUUUUGAAAGUAGUUUUAUAUUUGUAUUUGUGUAUCUGUACUUGUAUUUUCCAUGUUACCUGGUAGUUUUUAGCAUUUGUUAACGUAAAUUGUAUUUGUAAAUAUUAUCCUUUAUUUCCACUUA